AUGAGCGGACAAGGCCUGAAGCCUUAUAAUAGGCCCAUCAAUCAUAUUGCGAUAUCAUGCUCUGAUCUCACAGCGCUAGUGGCAUACUACACAGAACUCCUAGGUUUUCAGCUGAUAGGCGAGAUUCGCCAUUUCAAACGUUCCGAAGACCAGACACCCUUUGAGGCCAUCUUCGUCUCCUAUCCCAGCACACUACAAGAGCUCAAAUUUGCCAUUCUCGCCACUGGCAACGGGGUCGGGAUUGAGUGUUUUGAGUUCAUUGACCCGACGAUAAAACCACGUGAAGAGGCAUUCGAAUUUACUCGUCCAGGGUUCUUUCACAUCUGUAUCACGGACCCAAACCCGGAGGUUCUGGUAGAGAACAUCAAACAGCGAGGUGGACGCACCUUGGGUCAAUGGAUGGACUACUCGAGGUACGGACUCGAGGAACAUAGGGGAAUUUACACCCAAGAUCCAUGGGGAAAUGUGGUAGAAAUCAUGAGUUUGACACUGGAGAGAGUAGCAUCUGCCGGAGAGGCUAUGGCCACUUUGCUCAAAGUGCAAGCCAAAAUGUAA